AUGCCCAUGGCCGAGGCCCCCCAAGCGGCUGGCGGGCAGGGUGAUGGAGGUGAUGGCGAAGAAGCAGAGCCGGAGGGGAUGUUUAAGGCCCCCGAGGACUCCAAGAGAAAAGUCCGCGACUACCUCCGCCUGGCUCCCCUGUGGCUGGCCCUGGUUGUGUUGGCUUCAGUGGGGGUCCUGCUCUGGUAUUUCCUAGGGUACAAGGCAGAGGUGACGGUCAGCCAGGUGUACUCAGGCAGCCUCCGCGUGCUCAAUCGCCACUUCUCCCAGGACCUUGCCCGCCGGGAGUCCAGUGCCUUCCGCAGUGAAACCACCAAAGCUCAGACGAUGCUCAAGGAGCUCAUUGCCAGCACCUGCCUGGGUACUUACUACAACUCUAGCUCCGUCUACUCCUUUGGGGAGGGACCGCUCACCUGUUUCUUCUGGUUCAUCCUCCAAAUCCCCGAGCACCGCCAGCCGAUGCUGAGCCCCGAGGUGGUGCGGGCCCUGCUGGUGAAGGAGCUGCUGUCCACGGCCAACAGCUCGGCCCCUGCUCCCUACAGGGCCGAGUAUGAGGUGGACCCCGAGGGCCUGGUGAUCCUGGAAGCCAGUGUGAAAGACAUAGUUGCCCUGAAUUCCACGCUGGGCUGCUACCGCUACAGCUACGUGGGCCAGGGCCAGGUCCUCCGGCUGAAGGGGCCCGACCCCCUGGCCUCCAGCUGCCUGUGGCACCUGCAGGGCCCCGAGGAUCUCAUGCUCAAACUCCGGCUCGAGUGGAUGCUGGCUGACUGCCGGGACCGGCUGGCCAUGUAUGAUGUGGCUGGGCCCCUCGAGAGGAGGCUUAUCACCUCGGUCUAUGGCUGCAGUCGCCAGGAGCCCGUGGUGGAGGUCCUGGCAUCGGGCGCUAUCAUGGCGGUGGUCUGGAAGAAGGGCCUGCACAGCUACUAUGACCCCUUCGUGCUCUCCGUGCAGCCCGUGGCCUUCCAGGCCUGUGAGGUGAAUCUGACCCUGGAAGGCCGGCUGGAGCUGCAGGGCAUCCUCAGCACGCCAUACUUCCCCAGCUACUACUCACCCAGCACCCACUGCUCCUGGCACUUCACGGUGCCCUCCCUGGACUACGGCUUGGCCCUCUGGUUUGAUGCUUACACUCUGCGGAGGCAGAAAUACGACAUGCCGUGCACCCAAGGCCAGUGGACCAUCCAGAACCGGAGGCUGUGUGGCCUGCGCACCCUGCAGCCCUACGCCGAGAGGAUCCCUGUGGUGGCCACCGCUGGCAUCACCAUCAACUUCACGUCCCAGAUCUCCCUCACCGGGCCCGGCGUGCAGGUGCACUACAGCUUGUACAACCAGUCAGAUCCCUGCCCUGGAGAGUUCCUCUGCUCUGUGAAUGGACUCUGUGUGCCUGCCUGCGAUGGGGUCAAAGACUGCCCCAACGGCCUGGAUGAGAGAAACUGCGUGUGCAGAGCCACAUUCCAGUGCCAAGAGGACAGCACAUGCAUCUCACUGUCCAGGGUCUGUGACCGGCAGCCUGACUGUCUCAAUGGGAGUGAUGAAGAGCAGUGCCAGGAAGGGGUGCCUUGCGGGACCUUCACCUUCCAGUGUGAGGAUGGCAGUUGUGUGAAGAAGCCCAACCCACAGUGCGACGGGCACCCCGACUGCAAGGACGGCUCGGAUGAGCAGUACUGUGACUGUGGCCUCCAGGGCCCCUCGGGCCGCAUCGUGGGCGGGGCCGAGUCCUCGGAGGGUGAGUGGCCCUGGCAGGCCAGCCUCCAGGUUCGGGGCCGACACAUCUGUGGGGGGGCCCUCAUCGCUGACCGCUGGGUGAUCACAGCUGCCCACUGCUUCCAGGAGGACAGCAUGGCGUCCCCAACGCCGUGGACCGUGUUCCUGGGCAAAGUGUGGCAGAGCGCUCGCUGGCCGGGUGAGGUGUCCUUCAAGGUGAGCCGCCUGCUCCUGCACCCGUACCAUGAGGAGGACAGCCAUGACUAUGACGUGGCCCUGCUGCAGCUCGACCACCCCGUGGUGCGCUCGGCCUCCGUGCACCCCGUCUGCCUGCCCGCGCGCUCCCACUUCUUCGAGCCGGGCCUGCACUGCUGGAUCACAGGCUGGGGUGCCCUGCGCGAGGGUGGAUGGGGAAACGGAGGCUCAGAGACAUUUAGCUGCCCCACCAGCAACGGUCUGCAGAAGGUGGACGUGCAGCUGAUCCCGCAGGACCUGUGCAGCGAGGCCUACCGCUACCAGGUGACCCCCCGCAUGCUGUGCGCCGGCUACCGCAGGGGCAAGAAGGAUGCCUGCCAGGGUGACUCGGGCGGCCCGCUGGUGUGCAAGGAGCCCAGUGGCCGCUGGUUCCUGGCGGGGCUGGUCAGCUGGGGUCUGGGCUGUGGCCGGCCCAACUAUUUUGGCGUCUACACCCGCAUCACAGGUGUGAUUGGCUGGAUCCAGCAGGUGCUGACUUGA